AUGGCAUCAAAAACAAAAACAAUCUACUUAUUUAUUCUGUUUCUUUUCAUAAUUGAUUGUCGAGCAUUAACGGAUAAUGCAGAAAAAGUUAAUGCUAUUCUUGGCCAGAGUUUUAAACGUUCUACAAUUAAUGAAAAGUUCGGAGAUGAUAUAAAAUUUAAAAGAGAUGGUCUUAUUGACGAAGUAAUUCAUACCGAAUCACCGGCUUAUUCUAUUAGCAAGAGACAGGCUAAUGACGAUAACAGUGGCAACAAAGGUAAUUGCAAUCAGGGUGUAAUUGUUAGUAUUGGUGCUCGCAUAAAUUCAAGUGGUUCAGGGGUUAUUGUGUUUGCAUUAACUUUAACAAUCGGAUUCCUUCUAUAA